UCCAAUCCGCGCUCUGGAAACUGUCACGAGCUCAGUUCAGCCAAUAGGGUGUGAAUCGAAACGGCCGUUGUGCUCUGCUAGAAGCUAGGCAGCCUAGCUAGCUCGGGGCUAAUGAUCGAAAGAUAUUUUAGGUCGUUUAAAAUCUCUAUUCACCUCUCACACUACUGAGGAGUCGCUCGUAAGGUUGACAUCAUGGGUGAGCCGCAACAGGUCAGCGCCCUGCCUCCGCCGCCGACGCAGUACAUCAAAGAGUACACAGAUGAAAACAUCCGCAAAGGCCUGGCCCCCAAGCCACCGCCACCCAUCAGAGACCAUUAUAUGAUGUUUGGCAACCAGUUCCAGUGCGACGACCUCAUCAUCCGUCCCCUGGAGAGCCAGGGCAUCGAGAGGCUUCACCCUAUGCAGUUUGAUCACAAGCGGGAGCUCAAGAAACUGAACAUGUCCAUUCUUGUGAACUUCCUGGACUUGCUGGACAUCCUCAUAAAAAGCCCGGGCAGCCUAAAGCGGGAGGAGAAGCUGGAAGACAUAAAGCUUCUGUUUGUCCAUAUGCACCACCUGAUUAACGAGUACCGGCCCCACCAAGCCAGGGAGACGCUAAGGGUGAUGAUGGAGGUGCAGAAGAGGCAGAGGCUGGAAACGGCCGAAAGGUUCCAGAAACAUUUGGAAAGAGUGGUGGAAAUGAUCCAGGGGUGCCUCGCCUCCCUACCUGACGACUUGCCCCAGUCGGAGGGUCCAGAUGUCACAUGUAGCGGGACUAAGAGUUCGUCUGCGGGGCCCAGUUUUGGUUGUUCUUCUGGACAGGCCCCCAUGCUGAAAAGCGAACCAAUGGACGUGGAGGAAACGGGUUCCAGCUGCAUGGCAGCCGGCGUCCUGGACAAAAACACUACUAGCUUAAAAAGGGACAAAACAUGGGACAAGGACGCCGCCAUGUGUAGUAUAAUCGAUGAAAUAGCUUAAAAUAGACAGUUUGUUUUCUUGGUUUUUUUUGUACUCUGUAAUCAUAUCUUUACUUCUGCUGUGAGAUAUUUCUUGCAUCCUUAUUGCAUCCUUUAUUUGCAAAGAUCAUGUUCACUUAGAGAAUUUGAAUCUGUAGUUAACGUUCUUAGUUUCGAGGAUUAUUUUCUUGAGACUCAAUAAACCUCCAAAUGCUGUUCA